AUGUGGUUCGGGAGUGCGCUCCUGUUAUUGGGUUGCUUAACCCAUAAUGUUAAUGGCCUCGUGUACGACGACCAAUUUGUCGACUUCAACCUAAACACAAAGAAGGGAGUAACAGAUCCCAUCUUAUACGAUGGAAAAUGGGAGAACCAUGAGUUUCACAAGUCGCCAGACAACUGGCGGUUCCCCUUCUACACACUCAUGCUCGACCGCUUCGUGAACGGCGACCCAAUCAACGAUAACGCCAACGGUACCGUUCUGGAACAGGACAUCUCGGGCACCCAGUUGCGAUUCGGUGGUGAUGUCGCUGGUUUGGUGGACACGUUGGAUUACCUCCAGGGAAUGGGCAUCCAAGGACUGUACUUUGGAGGAUCUAUGCUCAUCAACGCGCCAUGGAACUACGACUCUUACUCGCCGCUGGAUCACACCCUCCUGGACUUUCACUUUGGCAACAUCACAGAAUGGAGAAUCGCCAUUGACGAGAUUCACAAGCGUGGAAUGUACAUCGUCUUCGACAACACAGUCGCAACUUUGGGUGACUUGAUCGGCUUCAAGGACUACCUCAACACCACGGCGCCCUUCAAGCCUACUGAGUUGGAGACCAUUUACAAGACCGACCGCCACUACCUUGACUGGACGUUCCCGACGAAAUACAACGAGACUUGCGAGCACUUCCCGAGAUUGUACUACGAGAGUGGUUAUGAAGUCGGCGAGGAGGUUUACGGCAUGUUCAAGGGUUGCUACGACGGUGACUUUGACCAGUUUGGUGACACUGAGGCUUUCGGCGUUUACCCCGAUUACCGACGUCAGUUGACAAAGUUCGCCUCCGUUCAGGACAGAUUGAGAGAAUGGGUUCCCGCCGUGAACCAGAAGCUCGGCCACUUCUCGUGCAUGAUGAUCAAGAUGUUGGACAUUGACGGCUUCAGAUACGACAAGGCGCUGCAAGUCACGGUUGACGCACAGGGUGAAUUCUCCAAGAUGAUGCGUGAAUGCGCAAAGGACGUCGGCAAGGAUAACUUCUUCCUCCCUGGUGAGAUUACAGGUGGUAACACCAUGGGUUCCAUCUACAUCGGCCGUGGUCGUCACCCUGAACAGUGGUUCAAGGACAUCAACACCGCUUACAGCACGAACCGAAGCGAAGCUGAAGGCCAGGACAUUUUCAUCCGCGACGAGGGCCAUCAGGCUCUGGAUUCCGCCGCCUUCCACUACUCGUUCUAUCGUUUCCUCGUCAUUUUCCUGGGUAUGGACGGUACUGGUGUUGCCGGUUUCGAUGUCCCCAGCAACUUCGUCGAGGCAUGGAACGAGGUGCUGAGAUCCAACGACAUGAUCAAUGCGAACACGGGUGUUGUCGACCCCCGUCACAUGUACGGCGCCAUGAACCAGGAUACCUUCCGUUGGCCUGCUAUCGAACUGGGCUACGAGCGCAGUCUCAUGGGUCUGUUUGUUACGACUCUUCACUUGCCCGGAAUUCCCAUGCUCACCUGGGGUGAGGAGCAAGGCUACUACGUGCUCGACAACACGGCAACCAACUACAUGUUCGGUCGUCAGCCGCUGUCCUCUGCCCCUGCCUGGCAACAGCACGGAUGCUACUCCAUGCCGGGUAUCCUCUACUAUGAGAUGCCUCUCACCAAGGCCCGUGAGGGAUGCCGUGACCCUACCGUCUCUUGGGAUCACCGUGACCCCACUCACCCCAUCAGACUUGUCCUCAAGCACAUGUAUCGCAUGAGGAAGCAAUACCCCGUCCUUCAGGACGGUAUGUGGCUGGAGCAGAUGUCUAACCACACGGAGGAUAUCUACCUUCCCGGUAACUCUAAGAUGCCGACCACUACCGGUCUCUUCAGCGUUCUUCGCUACCAGCUUGGUGUCCAGGACCUUGGAAAAGAUCUCGUGCCCGUCUGGUUCUUGUACUCCAACAGAAACCACACCUACACUUACACUUUCGACUGCUCCGACGAGAAAACCGCUCUGAUCUCCCCCUUCCAGGAGGGAACCACUGUCAAGAACCUCUUCUUCCCCCACCAGACGAUCAAGCUCGAGGCUUCGACCAAGAAGCUCACCUACGCCAACAACAAGGGCUUCAAUGGAUGCACCAAGAACAUUACCAUGGCUCCCUUUGAGUUCCGCGCCUUCGUCCCCGAGGACAAGUUCCAGGAGCCCCCCGUCGUGCUCACCAAGUUCAACCCCGGCCACGAUUUCCGCAUCGAGACGAACGACACCAGCAACACCGUCCCCAUCGAGUUCCAGGCCAACACGAAGAUGAUUUGCGAUGACUUCAUCAAGUCCGUCACUCUGAGGUCCCACACCGAAGACAACAGCGUCCCCUCCAUCGAUAAGAACUCCGUAGAGUGCAACGACAUUUCUGAGCGUAUCGUCGAGUGGACCGGCACCCUGCCCUCCGUCUGGUCGUGGAAGGCCAACCUCGUCAACGUCAAGCACGGCGUCCACGAAGUCACCGUGAAGAACGCCGUGGCCGUUGGCGGAACCGCCAACACCAACGCAACCGACCACUUUUUCUUCCGCAUCGGUGCCCAGAACAACCCCAUCGUCUUCUCCGCGACGGCCAACUACUCGUCCUCCCUCCUCACCAAGGAAAGCGACGGCACGAUCAAGAUCAAGCACACCGCCCCCGGCGCCUCCAAGUUCCGCUACUCGACCAAUUUCGAGUCCUCGUGGAGCGACUGGGUGAACUACGAGACCGAGACUGUCGUCAAGAAGCAGGAGUGGAACGGAACCAAGGACCAGGAGUGGAAGGGUGAGCACGUUGUCGUGCAGUACUGGUCUCAGAUCCUCGGAAGCAGCGCGUACAAGGUGCACGGCGACCUCGACUACGACACCCCGCGUCGCAUCCCUCACAUGUUCGCCGUCGGCAAGUUCAACCAGUUCGGCUACGACAGCGGUCUCACCAAGGCCCUGAAGCACGUCAGCGAGUCGCAAUGGGAGUGGCACUACAUGGACGAGUGGCCCAACUACUUCAAGUUCAGCAUCUGGGGUAUGAACCCGGACAAGAUGCCCGAUCAGUCCUUCAUCUACGGUGAUGUCGACGGUGACAACGUCAUCGAGCGUCUUCCCCCCUCCUCGCUGUUCGAGAACGCCAUCAACAUCACCUCUGCCCCGCCCAAGCCGCAUCUCGCCUACCGCGUCGUGCUGAACGAUGCCACCCUGCAGUACCAGCUUAUCCCCCAGGGCGACAUGUGGAUCCAGUUCUUCCUCUGGCUGCUUCUCUUCAUCGUCCCCGUCCUCGGCGGUCUCGCCGCCGUGCAGGCUUUCAAGCGCUCCUUCUACAAGGUCAAGUUCAACGAGCACGGUGUCCACGAGUCCUCCAAGCUCGGCAUGCUUGUCGAGAAGACACGCAACGCCUUCAUCGGCGCUGCCGGUGCCAUGCCGCUGAAGAUGCGAAGCUCGACUGAUCUCGUUUCGGCCGCGGCCGCGGCCACUACCGCCAACAAGCGGCGCAGAGUGCUGAUCGCCACCAUGGAGUACAACAUUGACGACUGGAACAUCAAGAUCAAGAUCGGUGGUUUGGGUGUCAUGGCCCAGCUGAUGGGUAAGGCGCUCAAGCACCAGGACCUGAUCUGGGUUGUCCCCUGUGUCGGUGACGUUGAUUACCCCGAGGAUACUCCUGCUCCCAGCAUGUUCGUCAAGAUCAUGGACCAGAUGUACGAGAUCAAGGUGCAGUACCACGUCGUUGACAACAUCACCUACGUUCUGCUGGACGCCCCCGUCUUCCGCAAGCAGACCAAGUCUGAGCCGUACCCUCCUCGUAUGGACGACUUGGAGUCUGCCAUUUACUACUCUGCAUGGAACCAGUGUAUCGCCGAGACCGUGAACCGUUUCCCCGUUGAUCUCUACCACAUCAACGAUUACCACGGAUCUAUUGCCCCUCUGUACCUUCUUCCCAGGACCAUUCCCGUUGCGCUCUCUCUCCACAAUGCCGAGUUCCAGGGUCUCUGGCCCAUGCGUACCCCCGAGGAGAGCAAGGAGGUUUGCAAGGCGUACAACUUGGACAUUGAGAUUGUCAAGAAGUACGUUCAGUACGGUUCAGUCUUCAACUUGCUCCACGCAGCCGCCUCUUACCUCCGCGUCCACCAGAACGGCUUCGGUGCAGUCGGUGUGUCCAAGAAGUACGGUGACCGUUCUUUCGCCCGUUACCCCAUCUUCUGGGGCCUGUCCAAGGUCGGACAGCUGCCCAACCCCGAUCCUACCGAUACCGCCGACUGGGACAAGAACGAGUUCAUGAACCAGAAGAAGGUCGAGGUCGACCCCGCCUACGAGGCCAGCCGUGGUGAUCUCCGCAGGCAGGCUCAGGAGUGGGCCGGCCUCAACGUCGACCCCGAUGCCGAGCUUUUCGUCUUCGUCGGACGUUGGUCUCUGCAGAAGGGUGUUGAUCUUAUCGCCGAUGUUUUCCCCGGUGUCCUCGAGAACCACCCCAAGGCUCAGCUUAUCUGCAUCGGUCCCGUCAUCGAUCUCUACGGACGCUUCGCCGCGCUCAAGCUCGCCAAGCUCAUGGAACUCUACCCCGGACGUGUCUUCAGCAAGCCCGAAUUCACCGCUCUCCCCCCUUACAUCUUCAGCGGUGCCGAGUUCGCCCUGAUCCCCUCCAGAGACGAGCCUUUCGGUCUGGUCGCCGUCGAGUUCGGCAGAAAGGGAGCCCUGGGUGUCGGUGCCCGUGUCGGUGGUCUCGGUCAGAUGCCCGGUUGGUGGUACACUGUCGAGUCGACCAAGGCGGCCCAUCUUACCAAGCAGUUCAAGAACGCCAUCGAGUCCGCUCUCAAGGCCGACACCAAGACCCGUGCCGAGAUGCGCGCCUGGUCCGCCAAGCAGCGUUUCCCCGUCGCCGAGUGGCUCGAGAAGCUCGAGAAGCUCCAGGGAGGCGUCAUCAAGGCUCACGCAAAGUACGGCAAGAAGGGCAUCAAGAAGGGCAACGUCCUCGUCAAGCACAGCCGCGCCAGCUCCCACGCCGGCCUCCGCGAGGACGUCGAGCUCGUCGACCGCUCCCCCGCCUGGAUGAGGCAGGUCUCGGACUACGACGACGACGCCACGACUCUCAACACCGGCCGCAACACCCCCGCCGGCAUGCAGACCCCCGCAUACUACUCCAGCACUCCCGGCUCCCCCAUCAUCUCGCCUUCCCCGGCCUACAUUGACUCGCCCGGCGGCUCCCACAGUAACUCCCGCGCCGCCUCGCCCGGUCCUCCAGGCAACCACAGCCGCCAGGUUUCCGGUUACGAGCUCGCCCACCAGCGCAACUACUCGGGCUUCUCCGCUCACGAGGCGCAGAACCACAGCCGCAACGUGUCCGGCUUCUCCAUGGCCGACACGCUGCCCCUGCCGCCUCCCGUAACCGGCCUGGGUGUCCACGACAACUCCUCCAGGACCUCCAUGCUCAGCGUCGAGGACGUCGUCGGCGACCGUCACGACUACAAGCUCCAGCAGGUCGACCCCUUCUUCACCGACUCCAAGGGCGAGUUCUACCAGGCUUUCGAGGAGAGGCUGAAGAACCUCAACGCCGGCAACUCCAUCUCCGACCUCUGCAUCGAAGACUACCUCAUCAAGAGUGAAAAGGAGUGGUUCGACAUGUACCUCGACGCAAGGCUCGGCCGUCCCUCCCGCCCGGCGUCCCCUGCCUCGGGAAGAAGAUCCGCAUCCAGACACCGUUCCCCUUCGAGAUCGCGCUUCAGCCUCGCCGGCCUCAAGUCCAGCUCCAAGCUGAGCUUGCCCAUGGAGCGUGGCCGUCCCAGACGUUCCAACCUGGCGACCAGCGCCAACGUCGGCGACGGAUACGGUGACCAGACGCCACCCGACUCCCCCGGCGCCUAUAACUCCCAGUUUGCCCUUCCCGACGACUACGUCCCGCCUACUGGUGUCAAGAAAUACCUCCAGUACAAGGUCGGCGAUUGGCCCAUCUACGCGAUGCUCCUGGCCCUGAACCAGAUCAUCGCGACGAACUCGUACCAAGUAACCCUGCUCACGGGCGAGGUCGGCCAGACGGCGACCAAGCUCUACAUCAUCGCGUCCAUCUACCUCGUCUCCUCCAUCGUCUGGUACACCAUGUCGCGGACGAUCCCGCUCCUCUACCCGCUCACGGCGCCGUACAUCGUGUACGGCAUCGCCUUCAUCAUCCUCGGCAGCUCGCCCUUCGCGGCGGACAACACGACGCAGGUCUGGCUCCAGAACGCGGCGACGGGGCUCUACGCGUUCGCGUCGUCGUCGGGCUCCCUCGCCUUCGCCUUCAACUUCGGCACCGACGGCGGCUCGACGGUGCCCAAGUGGAUCCAGCGGCUCGCCAUCAUCCAGGGCCUCACGCAGCUCUACACGCUCGGCCUCUGGGCCUGGGGCAGCCUCGUGUCCGAGGCCGAGGCCAACUCGCAGCCCAAGCCGACGCUCGCCGGCUCGCCGGCGCUGCUGGCCAUCUGCCUGCCCGUCGCGCUCCUCCUCUGGGCCGUCGGCGCCGUCCUCUUCCUCGGCCUCCCCGACUUCUACCGCGAGUCCCCCGGCCCCGUGCCCCAGCUCUGGAAGUCGCUCAUGAAGCGCAAGACCAUCGCCUGGUACCUCCUCGCCGUCGCCAUCCAGAACUACUUCCUCUCCCCGCUCUUCGGCCGCAACUGGUUCUUCCUCUUCUCCUCCCAGCACGUCCCCGUCUGGAGCAUGGUCAUCCUCGCCCUCUUCUUCUUCAUCUUCGUCUGGGCCCUCGUCCUCUGGGGCCUCGCAAAGGCGAGCGAGAGCCACCCCUGGCUGUUCCCCAUGUUCGCCGUCGGCCUCGGCGCCCCCCGCUGGGCCCAGAUCUGGUGGGGUACCUCCCGCAUCGGCGUCUACAUGCCCUGGGCCGGCGGCGUCGUCGCCGGCGCCGUCCUGAGCCGUAUCCUCUGGCUGUGGCUCGGCGUCCUCGACGGCCUCCAGGGCGCCGGAAUCGGCAUGAUCCUCAUGCUGACCCUCACCCGUGUCCACGUCGCCGCCGCCUGUGCCGCCGCCCAGGUCGUCGGAUCCGUCUUCACCAUGCUCGCGCGCGCCACCGCCCCCAACAAGGUCGGCCCCGCGAGCGUCUUCCCCGAUAUCAGCGAGGGCCUGGGAACCGCGUUCGCCAACGCAUGGUUCUGGGUCGUUUUGUUUUUGAACCUCUUCAUUUGCAUUGGUUACUUCAAGUUCUUUAGAAAGGAGCAGGUUAGCAAGCCUUAA